GGAGGCACACCAUUCAGUCGCAGAGCGAACCAGAGCAGACCAAGAUCAUCUCGAGCAGUCAUCAGAGGCGUUUGGCCGUCCAAAAAUAAACCAAAGUCAUCGAAGCUGAGGCAAAGUCUGCAAAAAAUAGAACAUAAAUUUUUUAUUUUCUGCGUAUCGAUUCGGGGACAAGUGGGAACUGCGUAGUUGCCGGGAAAUUGUCAGGCCACCACUUCUUUCAUGUCUUGCCAAAUUCUUCGCAGCGUUCAGGCCAAAGGAGUAAACAGCUGCCGUCGCGUUCGACAAGCGGCAAUGUCAGCACUUUAACAAGAAGAAAGACCGAAAAACAAAUCCAUCGGGCAUCGAACAGAUAGUAGAAAAUACCAAAAAAAAAAUAAAAAUAUUAAUAACUCGACGAGUGCAAGUGAUUCGCGGAACAACUUUCCGCAACAAACAAAAACAGAAGGACAGAGACUGGGGUGCAAAAAUUGAUUUCGUUAGCCUUUUGCCACCACCAACUGCAUGGGUAAAGUUAUGAGAGUGAAUUCGUUACCGCCGCCCGCCCACAACUGCCACGCCCACGCCCACUCCAAGCAACAACAGCAGAAACAAUUAAAAUUAAAGAAAAUCGAAAUCUAUUUUAUGUUCAACAAUUUGUGCAAGAGAAAAACUUUAACGGAGUAUAAUUUAUUGACACUAAAACAAAACCACGACAGUGAGUGAAUUACCCAAGCAAACUGCGAAACAGUUUAAGUGAUCGUUAAAGUUUUAACCAACAUAUACCUGUCAAAAAUAAAAAAAAUUGUCAUAUUUCGAAAACACCAAUAGAUAGAAUCGGAAUUACUUACAAAAAAAAAACGCUGUUGUGAGGUCGUGUGGGCUGUCAGAAAAUCAAGGAUAACCAGAAAUAGAGUAUCAGUAAGUCCGGAUCAAAAUGGUUGGAGUUGCUGCCGAUGCCUCGCAGUCGAAUCAGCUGUCGUCGGUGAAGAACCCGAUGAUCAAGUACAUGCUGAAGACCCGGGAGAACCAUGCCAGGGAGCAGGAUCAGGACUACUCGCAUGUCUUCCGCCGGAAGACGAGGUUCGAGAUGUUCCGUUUGUCCGCCAUCGCCAUGGCCAUUGAGUUUGCCUACGCGGCGGAGACGAGCUUCGUGUCCCCGAUCCUGCUGCAAAUCGGCGUGGAUCACAAGCACAUGUCCAUGACCUGGGGCCUCUCGCCUCUGAUUGGCUUCUUCGUGUCCCCGCUGCUGGGAAGUAUUAGCGAUCGCUGCAAACUUCGCUGGGGUCGCCGACGUCCAAUUAUCUCGAUCUUAUCCUUCGGCAUAAUGUGUGGCCUGAUCUUGGUGCCGUAUGGCAAGGAUCUGGGUCUGCUCCUUGGAGAUGAGGGUUACGAUUACGCGGCGACCGCCUUGAAUUUCACGUCUUCCUUGGAGGGAUCAGUGGCGGCUUUGACUUCGAGUGAGAGUUCUUCGGGACCUUCCGCCUCCAACUUCAAGUUUGCCGUGAUCCUAACGAUACUGGGAAUGGUGCUGCUGGACUUCGAUGCGGAUACCUGUCAGACACCUGCUCGCACCUAUUUGCUGGAUAUGUGUGUGCCAGAGGAGCAACCAAAGGCGAUGACCAUGUUUGCGCUCUUCGCAGGAUUUGGUGGAACCAUUGGAUAUGCCAUCGGAGGUGUGGACUGGGAAAGAACUCAGAUUGGGAGCUUUAUGGGCGGAAAUAUACCCACAGUAUUUACACUGGUCACCAUUAUAUUUGCGGUGUGCUAUCUGAUUACGGUGACCACUUUCCGGGAGAUUCCACUGCCUCUAAUCGAGCAGGAUGAGCUGUUGAGACCGCUUUCGGAGCAGGCCAUCAAGAAGGAACUGAAAAAGAAGAACAAUACCAUUUACUAUAUCCAGGAGACCACUCAAUUGGAGCUGCAAAUGGCCAGCGAUGAUCCCAAGAGGGAGGAGGCAUUGCAGGUCAGCUACCAGAAUGGUUACUCGCCCGCUUUGGAGAAGCAGAACAAGUCGCAGGAUGUGGAGACCCAGUCCGAUUACGACGCUCCCGUCUCCCUGAAAGCCUAUCUCAAGAGCAUCUUCAUCAUGCCCUACUCGAUGCGAAUGCUGGCCCUCACCAAUCUCUUCUGCUGGAUGGGCCACGUCACCUACUGCCUGUACUUCACCGACUUCGUGGGCGAGGCAGUGUUCCACGGAGAUCCGACAGCUCCUCCCGAUUCGGAGGCCGCUCUCAACUACGAGGCUGGAGUCCGAUUCGGCUGCUGGGGAAUGUCCAUAUACGCGUUUUCCUGCUCCAUUUACUCGCUGUCCGUGACCAAGUUGAUGAAGUGGUUCGGAACAAAGGCUGUCUACAUUAGUGGCAUGAUCUACUAUGGUAUUGGAAUGCUGGUCCUGGGUUUGUGGCCCACCAAAUGGGGAGUCUUGGUAUUCAGCACAUCUGCCGGUAUUCUCUAUGGAACAAUCUUUACUGUGCCUUUUAUACUGGUGGCUAGAUAUCAUGCCAAAAAUUGUUUCUGUAUUAAAAAUGGCGAGACUGUGCCGCUGAAACAGGCUCGAGGAUUGGGAACUGACGUGGCCAUUAUUAGCAGCAUGGUGUUCAUAGCCCAGCUGAUUGUGUCCCUUUCCGUGGGUCCUCUUGUGUCCUGGAUGGAUACGACCUGUGCCGUGUUGUAUGCCUCCACGUUCUUGUCCUUUUUGGCCGCCAUUGCAGCAAUGUUUGUGUUAUAUGUCUAGAAAUUUACGGAGAUUUAUACACACACACAUCUUACAUGAAUUUUACAUAGCCUAAGUGUAGCUAAUUGAAUAUCUUUGCCUACUUUCUGGCAGUAUCUGCUGGUGCACUCACAAUGUUGUGGCAUACUUUGAGGAUGAAGCGUAUAUUGUACAUUUAAUCAUUUAAAACAUUUAAUUUUUUUUGUAAACUUCAAGUGAAUAAAAUAUAUAUGAAUUUUAAAUAUUAAA